CCCAGCGGCGACUUACUUUAUCCAAACCAGAUGGCCGUCUCGCGGUCCCAAAUCCCCGAUCAAAACACAUCUUCUUGACAUUGGUCACCGGUUCAUUUCCGAACUUCCCGCCGGGGAGAAUCAGAGCCGUAAUCUUACUAACAGAACAACAGACCCCGGGGCGUGACCUGCUUUUCUUCAUUUCCAAUUCAGAACCGUCGCUCCCCCCUCCCCAGAAAAGGACAUAACGUUUUGCUCCUGAGUUGGAGUUCAUCAUGUGUUUGUAGCGGGCUUCAUUUCUGUAGUGUCACUUUGAGUUUUUUAUACACCAAACAAAAUUGUACCAGACAUACCAACGGCUGGGUUAGUGGGGUACUAGCUCUUGAGUCUGGUCUGGAAUGAGAGGUCUCCUUCUGUUCCUAAUUGUGUACCCUUCCCUCCACGUCAUCACUUCGGACCGCCGUUGAACGUCUUCUUCAGGCGUCGCUGCCGUCAUUUUCUGUCACACCAGAGUUUCUAAGCCGGAAUGACGAUGGGUGGUUACGUCGUAGGGGUCCUGCUGUUCGUCAUCCUUCAACAUACAGUUACUUGUGCACCGGCAGGAGAAAACUCUGAACCUGACGUCAAACAGACCGCCAGAAAACCUCGUGUGCGGAACUUGUCCCCUUCGCCAGGCGGCGCUGUGGUACCGCAGGGUGGCGGCAAGCCUGAGCCGAGCGUUGGGCGCCCUUCGGUAGUCGUGCCCGUGGUCAUAUCACGUCCAGCGCCGCAGCCAUCCUCAUCAAGGAAAACUCGUGUUCGCGAUUUGGUCCCACCUUUCCAGUACCCGGUAGGUGGAGCGCCACCGCCUGCUGCAGUACCGCCGCCAGGUGGGGAUCCUGCACAGGGACCCUCUUUCCUCCCCUUACACGCACCUGCUCCACUCCCAGUUCCCUAUCCAAACUAUUACCCCCUCCAUUAUCCACCUGGCCAUCCCAUGCGGGCAAAGCGAGACACAAAAUCCUCAGAAACUGAGACGAAGGACGAGAGCGACAAUAGCCCUGAAAAGGUCCAGAAAAUAUUGGAGAACAUUUUGUCUGCGCCGCUUGCCACCAAUGAUGACACCAAGAACAAGACGGAACCCUUGAAACCUCAGAAUCAGGACGAGUUUGUUCCUCCAGACGAUCUCUCAAGCACCCCUGUCCCUCCUGUACGUUUACCGAUAGCUGUGGCUACUUUCCCGCCCGGCGUGGAGCGCCCUCGCCCGAGAGCAACUACAGUAGGUCCGCCCAUAGGGAGAGCAAUGGGGGCCCGACGGACGUACAACGGCCGUGUGAGGGUCCAGGGCCCGCCGCACACGCCCGUGGCACGUCCGGGAGUCCGCCAGGUCUGGACCCCGGAGAAAGUGCCGACCCUACAGCCCAGGUGGUGCGGAGGAGACACGUUCGAGGAGGCCAACCUCGUGUGCCUGAACUGGGAGUUCUGUAUGAUGGCACCUGGCGUCCAGGAGGGGUAUUGCAAGCAAAAAUGUUGUCUUGCCAACCACGAGUGCGGCUACCCGGGUGCCGUGUGUAUUGGAGCCCAGCCUGCCGAGCACGAGGACCACUCUAUCCUGGGGCUGUGUUACGGGCCGCCUGCGCACCCUGGGAACGACGUGGCACGUGAUCAACAUGACGCCACAGUCAAAAACCAUCAGUCGUAAAACGUCACUGACGUGAAACAAUAGUACUGGUUGUUCAAAUACUGAUGGGGGGGGGGGGAUCUAUUGACACAGCUUACAAAAAACACCGGCAAAAUGAACAAAACAGUUGGAAAUCCCUUCUUUGAAACUUUAAACACUGAAUGUACACGUGAGAGGCUGAAUUAUGUCAACAAGAAACUUCUUGAAAGUCUGUUCACCUUUAUUCGAGGGGUAACCGUUGUCCGCUAUUUUUUUUAAAUAUCAAGUCGACGGAAGGGGUUUCAAAUCGAAAUUGUUUAAAAACAAUAUUGCAGUUUCAAACCACCGUCCGUCAACUUGAUAUCCCUAAGUACCGUUUAAGAAACAACGGAUAUAGGUUGCCCCGGAUAUAAGUUAAUGACGCAUAUAGGUUUGCUGCAAAUCCGUGUAUUUCUGCGGUAGGCAUAGCUGUUUUGCGGGGAGUUUGCGUGGGGUAGAGGUCACCGCGAAAAUGAGAACGCCGCAAACUCUUCUUCACCAGUGGAUAGCGCUCUUUAUAUAACAAAUAUUGUAAAAUGUACUCCAUAGACAGAUAUGUUUAUCUGAGGGAAAUGUGGAACUAUGCUGAUAUUUGUAAUACUAUAUCUCACACAUUUUCGUCCUUUAUUUCUGACAAUAAUUAUGACCACUUGUGGGUAGAAAAGGAAAAAAAUCUCACUGUACA